AUCGUCGGUUGGGAGUCAAAAGGUCGUAACUCCGAUAUUUUUGGAAAAUGACCUUUUGAUUUAUAUAGUUUUGUAAAGUGAUGCCCGAUUUUAUGUUUAAUUGUUGUAACUCUAGGCCAAUCAGUUUUUUCAGUACAGGCACAUGACGAAAUGUCGUAUUACAAUUGGUCUAUUUUUUUCCCGGUCAAAACAUCGUAUCUCAAAAUUUUCUGAAGAGCGCAAACAUUUGGAUGGAAAGGUAUGCUUUUUAUCAUUAUAUUAAACUGUUAUUAGUACAUAAGCUGUGUUAAGGUGCUUUAGUCAUUAAAUGCUCUUCGUAUGUCACAGUCAUGUGCAAAUAAAUAUGAAUUAAUUGCUACUGGCUUUGGGAUGCUAAUGUGAGUGGGAUAUUUUUCAAUUUCUGAAAUGCAUUCAUUUCACCACAGACAUUUUGAAGGAAUAUUUCACAACACACCAUACUAAGUCUUUAAAUAUGCUUGCUAUUCACAUUUGUAUAUUGACGUUUACCUAUAAAAAUGAAAUUUAAAAUCAAAACAUGAGAUACAACAUUUUGCACUGUUAUUGUUUUUUUGCUAAAAUCGAGAUACGACUUUUUGUCGCUAUAUAGAUAUUUGAUGUAUUAUUUCUGAGACAAUUUAAAAGACAAAAUAAUAUCUAUUGCACAUUUAUCUUUUUCAGGGAUGUCUUACUCCGGUGAAAGUGACACGGAAUCAGUAUCAGAGACGAAUAUUCAAUCUUACAAGUGCCACGUUUGUCAGUACAAACCCGAUUUCAAUAGCUUAAUAUUUUUACUUCAGCAAAUUGUUAAUGUAGGACCAUUUUUACUUACAUUACCAGACGGUACGUUCUACGUUAGAUGUCUCUUUGAAGAAUGUUCAAGAUACUAUCAUAUACAUUGCAUUCACCCAACAUUUCCUGACGAACACUUAAAUCAGUCUCACUUUGAGGAUUUGAGAGAAAACGGCAUCCAUUGCCCUAAGUGCGAGCCAGGUAGAAGUGCAACAAACUUUUAAGAUGGCGUUGUCUAGAGGUAAACUAUUACUUCAGUUAUCCUUACAGAAACAAUCUAAAAGAAGUGAAUUAACUGACGAUAAUAACAAUUUCAGUGACUACACAAUAAAUGAUGCAGAAUGCAUAGAUUCUUCCAAAGACUGUACUCAACUACCUGCUGAUUUUGAAGUAGAAAAUGUUGCUGAUAAGAGUGAAUUGAAAGCCGAUAAUAAUAAUAUUGAUGCAGAAUGUAAGGAUUCAGCUGAAAAUUGUAGACAAUUACCUGCUCAAGAUGCAAACGUAGAAAAUGUUGGCAAAGUGAUUAAUCAAGGUUUAAGUGUUUUGAGUAGUUUUGAAUAUGCCGAUUCUCAAUUACAAGAUGUUAGCGAGCUCAUAGCCACUGAAUUGGAGGAGGAGAAAUUCUAUGAUUUUGAUGAUACGUUAUAUGACCCUGACUAUGAGCUGCAACGGGACUCGGGUGAUUCGUCUUCUGAUAACAGUGAUGUCAUAGAUCACGAGGAAGUUGUUGAAACCAAUACAAAUGUUGAAACCGAUGUAAAUGCACCACAGAAACGAGCAAAGAAGAAACCAGAAUGUAAAAGGAAAACUGCAAAACGUCUCCGCAUGGAAGGAGAAAAAUACAAAGGUCUGAAAAAGGUUGACGGCAAAUGGGGUCUUCAGGAGGAAAAACCAGAACGCAUUCUGACACAAAGCAAUUGUUCCAAGCGAUGUAAAAAACCAGGCGUUAAACAAUGUGCUAAGAUUACAGAAAAUAACAGAAAAAUCAUAUUCUCAAAUUUUUGGAAAAACAUGACGUGGGAUGGAAGAAAAGUUUAUGUAAACUCACUUGUAGGGUCAGAAGCGGUCAAUGUAAAAACUGUAGAAAACAGUAGAAGAAGUCAGAGCUUUAGGUAUUUUCUACUAGUAGAUGGCGAGAGGGUGCGCGUCUGCAAAAAUAUGUUUCUAUCGACGCUUGGAAUUGGCGAGAGAACAGUCUAUGGAUGGGUAAACAACUCAACUUCUGGUAUUCCUGAGAAAUCGACAUCAUCAGAGGGACGCAAGCGAGCUCAAGCUGAAAGGCAUAGUGCUUUGAGAGAAAGUGUUCGUAACUUUCUCUUAUCGCUGCCGAAAAUGGAAUCUCAUUAUUGCCGGUCAUCUAUAGUACUAAGCGGUAUCUUGAGCCAGUAUUCGAUACGUUUAGUGCCUUGUAUAAUGAAUAUAAAAGACAAUGUGUUGACAAAAUAGCCAGUAGACGCCUUGU